AAAUAAGCAGUGCCCUUUUUCAAAUUACCACAAGUCUUCAACUAAUGAAGCAGUGCCCAUUUUCAAAUUACCGCAAGUCUUCAACUAAAUAAGCAGUGCCCUUUUUCAAAUUACCGCAAGUCUUCAACUAAAUAAGCAGUGCCCGUUUUCAAAUUACCACAAGUCUUCAACUAAAGAAGCAGUGUCCUUCUUCAAAUUACCGCAAGUCUUCAACUAAAGAAGCAGUGCCCUUGUUAAGUAUUGUACUGUUACACGCCCUUACUCAUUAUGUCCGUUAGAGGGCAGUGUUUACCUCUGUGUUACCUGACCCCUAGGUUUCCUGUUCCGGGGUCAGGAGUUCAAUUUGUGUGUAGCGCGGCAGCACAGUCACGACGCUGCCGAUACCACAAAUAAACCCACAAGAACCAAAGGUAAAGUGUGUCUCACGAGUGUUUGACUCCAUCUCCACCGCAACGCACGAUGCUCAUCGGCUCUUUUUUCAAAAUAAUGCCAUUCUUCAACUAAAGAAGCGGUGCCCUUUUUCAAAUCACCGCAAGUCUUCAACUAAAGAAGCAGCGCCCUUUUUCAAAUUACCGCAAGUCUUCAACUAAAGAAGCGGCGCUCUUUUUUUUCCAAAUUACCGCAAGUCUCCAACUAAAGAAAGGACUCCGAUGGUUGGGAUUUUCACUUUUGACUGACAUGCGGGUUAUUACGGUAAGCAGAGGAGUGAGAGUAAGGGAUCGAUACGGAAGUCGACUUAUACAACAAAGGUCUUUGGAAAAGUGAUAUUAAAGUUGUUAUCGGCAUCAGAAGACAUAUCUUGCUGAAAAGUGUGCCGCAGUCAUGGUGGCCUUGUCGUCACCCUAAACGUCACCAGCCAAUCAGCGGCCAGUGUUGCCCGGGCCCCGCCCUCCUCGGUGUGUAUUUAUAAUAUCGCAGCAGCAAUGUCCUGACACUCGACUACAUCGAUGCCCAACUCACUCCUUUUUAACACUUUUAACACCUUCACUUUUAACUCUUUUAUUAUUUUUUAAACCCCAAACCGUGACCAUGACUGAGGGGACGCCAGUACAAAGCGAGACGGCGGACAAAGACACGGUGGCCGCCGGGGACGAGAAGCAGAAGAACGGGGACAGCCGGGUGACGGUAUCCGAGCAGCCCGUGGCUCCCCGGGCGGAGGAGGAGGAGGAGAGCGGCUUCGUGCACCCGGAGGGCGGCUGGGGCUGGCUGGUCAUGCUGGCCUCCAUGUGGUGCAACGGCGCGGUGUUCGGGAUCCAGAACGCCUUCGGCAUCCUCUUCAUCUCGCUCCUCCGGGAGUUCGGCUCCGAGGAUGACGACGACCUCCGCUUCAAGACAGCCUGGGUGGGCUCCCUCUCCAUGGGCAUGAUCUUCUUCUGCUCUCCCAUCGUCAGCGUCUUCACCGACAUCCUGGGAUGCAGAACCACUGCUGUGGGCGGAGCUGCUGUGGGCCUGGUCGGCCUCCUGGCCAGUUCUUUUGUCACGUCCCUGGGCCCCAUGUACUUCACCUACGGCAUCGUCUUCUCCUGCGGCUGCUCCUUCGCCUACCAGCCCAGCCUGGUGAUCCUGGGCCACUACUUCAAGAAGCGCCUGGGCCUGGUGAACGGCAUGGUGACGGCCGGCAGCAGCAUCUUCACCAUCACUCUGCCCUAUGUGCUGUCCUUGCUGCUGGGCCGGCUGGGCCUGCAGAACACCAUGCGGGUCCUCUGCAUCCUCAUGUUCGUGCUCAUGCUGGCCGGCCUCACCUACAGACCCCUGCUGCCCGCCAAGCCCAGGACCGCCCGGGGCUUUUGUCCGCCCAUCAGCCAGGUCUUCAACGUCAACAUUUGGAAGUCUGUGGGGUAUCGGAUCUGGGCUUUUGGCAUCCCCGCUGCUCUUUACGGCUACUUUGUGCCCUAUGUUCAUCUGAUGAAGCACGUCGUGGAGCGCUUCGGAGAAGAUUCCAACAAAGAAGUCCUGCUCAUGUGCAUCGGCAUCACGUCUGGUGUGGGCCGUCUCAUCUUUGGCCGGGCCGCGGACUACAUCCAGGGGGUCAACAAGGUUUACCUGCAGGUGACGUCCUUCUUCGUCAUCGGCCUGAUGUCCAUGAUGAUCCCGCUGUGCCACGUGUUUGGCGGUCUGAUCGCCGUGUGUCUGCUGAUGGGGAUGUUUGACGGCUGCUUCAUCUGCAUCAUGGCUCCCAUCGCCUUCGAGCUGGUGGGCCCCGCUGACGUCUCCCAAGCCAUCGGCUUCCUCCUGGGCCUCAUGUCCGUGCCCAUGACGGUGGGACCGCCCAUCGCAGGCUUUCUUCGGGACCGACUGGGCAACUACGACCUGGCCUUCUACCUGGCAGGUAUCCCCCCACUCAUCGGCGGAGCCAUGCUGUGCCUCAUCCCCUGGGUGGAGGCCAGGAACAAGAGGAGGCAGAAGGAGGAGGCUCUGAAGAGCGAGCAGGACGUCACCCAUAAGAUGUUGGAGCAGGACAAAGCUCAGGAAGAUCCGCGGGUCAAAGCCGGAGAGUCGGUCCUCUAAUGAACAAAGUGAGACAGACAUGAGGUCUCACACACCGUCACAGAUCACUAGCCGUGCCUUUCAGUAUCACCACCUCCGCCAAUAGGAGAGCAGCUUUAAUUUACCAGGAAUGAUCACCAGGACACUUCCACUCUCCUGGAAGAUGGAGCACACCAGAGGGAAAUAAGUCAAGACUCGCACCUUGGUCCUGGUCCUGGUCCUGGUCUUGGUCCUGCACAGGAACAUCCACACAUUUCAUGGUUAAGGAAAACUUGUUAGGCCGUGUCUCAAUCCUCAUACUUCCCUUCCGAGUGCACACUUCUCUACUUACACUUAAGACCCUUCCGAGUGCACACUUCUCUACUUACACUUAAGGCCCUUCCGAGUGCACACUUCUCUACUUACACUUAAGGCCCUUCUGAGUGAACACUUCUCUACUUCCACUUAAGGCCCUUAUGAGUGCACACUUCUCUACUUACACUUAAGACCCUUCUGAGUGCACACUUCUCUACUUACACUUAAGGCCCUACUGAGUGCACACUUCUCUACUUACACUUAAGGCCCUUCCGAGUGCACACUUCUCUACUUACACUUAAGGCCCUUCCGAGUGCACACUUCUCUACUUACACUUGAGACCCUUCUGAGUGCACACUUCUCUACUUACACUUAAGGCCCUUCCGAGUGCACACUUCUCUACUUACACUUAAGGCCCUUCCGAGUGCACACUUCUCUACUUACACUUAAGGCCCCUUCCGAGUACACACUUCUCUACUUACACUUAAGGCCCUUCUGAGUGCACACUUCUUUACUUACACUUAAGGCCCUUCCGAGUGCACACUUCUCCACUUACACUCAAGGCCCUUCCGAGUGCACACUUCUCUACUUACACUUAAGGCCCUUCCGAGUGCAUACUUCUCCACUUACACUUAAGGCCCUUCUGAGUGCACACUUCUCUACUUACACUUAUGGCCCUUCCGAGUGCACACUUCUCUACUUACACUUAAGGCCCUUCUGAGUGCACACUCUACUUACACUUAAGGCCCUUCUGAGUGCACACUUCUCUACUUACACUUAGGGCCCUUCCGAGUGCACACUUCUCUACUUACACUUAAGGCCCUUCCGAGUGCACACUUCUCUACUUACACUUAGGGCCCUUCUGAGUGCACACUUCUCUACUUACACUUAAGACCCUUCUGAGUGCACACUUCUCUACUUACACUUAAGACCCUUCCGAGUGCACACUUCUCUACUUACACUUAAGACCCUUCCGAGUGCACACUUCUCUACUUACACUUAAGACCCUUCUGAGUGCACACUUCUCUUUUUGAGCAAAGUUUGGCCCAAACCACGCCCACAAUUUAUGGAUUAGUGCAAUUUUUUUUCACAAUUUAUAGAGAGGCUUAUAUAUGUAGUAUCCGUAGUUUUAAUCAGCACUCAUUUGGUCAAAGUCCCUAGCAGGAGUUGGUAAAAGUACGACCCCUUUUUUUCGUCAGAAAAUGGCCAACAACCAUAAAGCAAAGUGUGGCCCCAAGCCACGCCCACAAUUUAUGGCAUAGUGCAAUUUUUUGGGGGACGUUAUUAUCGCCUGUAUGUGUCGUUUCAAUCACCACUUACUUGGUCAAAGUCCCUAGGAGGAGUUCGUAAAAGUACGACACCUUUUUUUUUCGCCAAAAAAUGGCCAACAACCAUCGAGCAAAGUUGGCCGCCAUGCCACGCCCACAUUUGUCCGCAAUUUAUAAUCACCAAUAUGUGUAGUACCUGUAGUUUCAAUCACCACUCAUUUGGUCAAAGUCCCUAGCAGGAGUUCGUAAAAGUACGACACCUUUUUUUCGCCAAAAAAAUGGCCAAUAAUCAUCGGAGAGAAGUUGGGCCCCAAGCCACGCCCACAUCGUAUGGCGUAGUGCACAUUUUUAUGCAUUUUAUUAUCGCCUUUAUGUGUAGUAUCUGUCAUUUUAAUCACCACUCUCGUGGUCAAAGUCCCUAGCAUGAGUUCGUAAAAGUACAACACUUUUUUUCGCCAAAAAAAUGUCCAACAAUCAUUGGAGAAAAGUUGGGCGCCAUGACACGCCCACAUCUUAUGGUGUAGGCAAAAUAUGUUUGCAAUUUAUAAUCACCAAUAUGUGUAGCAUCUGUAGUUUUAAUAGCGACUCGUUUGGUCAAAGUCCCUAGCAGGAGUUCGUAAAAGUACAACCCCUUUUUUGGGGCCAGAAAUGGCCAACAAACACUGAGCAAAGUUUGGCCCUAAGCCACGCCCACAAUUUAUGGCUUAGUGCAAAUUUGUUCGCUAUUUAUUAUCAUCUAUAUGUGAAGUAUCUGUCAUUUUAAUCACCACUCACUUGGUCAAAGUCCCUAGCAGGAGUUGGUAAAAGUACCACUACUUUUUUCGCCUAAAAAUGGCAUACAUUUAUCGGAGAAAAGUUGGGCGCUAAGCCACGCCCACAUUUUAUGGUGAAGGCAAAAUAUGUUUGCAAUUUAUAAUCACCAACAUGUGUAGUAUCUGUAGUUUUAAUCACCACUCGUUUGGUCAAAGUCCCUAGCAGGAGUUCGUGAAAGUACCAACACUUUUUUGGGGCCAGAAAUGGCCAACAAACACUGAGCAAAGUUUGGCCCUAAGCCACGCCCACAAUUUAUGGCUUAGUGCAAAUUUGUUCGCUAUUUAUUAUCAUUUAUAUGUGAAGUAUCUGUCAUUUUAAUCACCACUCAUUUGGUCAAAGUCCCUAGCAGGAGUUGGUAAAAGUACGACCACUUUUUUUUCGCAAAAAAUGGCAUACAUCUAUCGGAGAAAAGUUGGGCGCCAAGCCACGCCCACAUUUUAUGGUGUAGGCAAAAUAUGUUUGCAAUUUAUAAUCACCAACAUGCGAUGUAGUUUUAAUCACGAGUCGUUUGGUCAAAGUCCCUAGCAGGAGUUGGUAAAAUUACGACCACUUUUUUUCGCCAAAAAAAUGGCUUACAUUUAUCGGAGAAAAGUUGGGCGCCAAGCCACGCCCACAUUUUAUGGCAUAGUACAAAAUUUGUUCUCAAUUUGUAAUCUCCUAUUCAUGUCGUAUUUGUCAUUUUAAUCACCACUCGUUUGGUCAAAGUCCCUAGCAGGAGUUGGUAAAAGUACCAUUACUUUUUUUUGCCAAAAAAUGGCAUACAUUUAUCGGAGAAAAGUCGGGCGCCAAGCCACGCCCACAUUUUAUGGUGUAGGCAAAAUAUGUUUGCAAUUUAUAAUCACCAACAUGUGUAGUAUCUGUAGUUUUAAUCACCACUCGUUUGGUCAAAGUCCCUAGCAGGAGUUGGUAAAAUUACGACCACUUUUUUUCGCCAAAAAAAUGGCUUACAUUUAUCGGAGAAAAGUUGGGCGCCAAGCCACGCCCACAUUUUAUGGCAUAGUACAACAUUUGUUCACAAUUUGUAAUCUCCUAUUCGUGUCGUAUUUGUCAUUUUAAUCACCACUCGUUUGGUCAAAGUCCCUAGCAGGAGUUGGUAAAAGUACCAACACUCUUUUUCGCCAAAAAAUGGCAUACAAUCAUCGGAGAAAAGUUGGCCGCCAAGCCACGCCCACAUUUCAUGGUGUAGGCAAAAUAUGUUCGCAAUUUAUAAUCACCAACAUGUGUAGUAUCUGUUGUUUUAAUCACGACUCGUUUGGUCAAAGUCCCUAGCAGGAGUUGGUAAAAGUAACAACACUUUUUUUCGCCCAAAAAUGGCAUACAUUUAUCGGAGAAAAGUUGGGCCCCAAGCCACGCCCACAUUUUAUGGCAUAGUACAACAUUUGUUCACAAUUUGUAAUCUCCUAUUCGUGUCGUAUUUGUCAUUUUAAUCACCACUUGUUUGGUCAAAGUCCCUAGCAGGAGUUGGUAAAAGUACGACCAGUUUUUUUCGCCAAAAAAUGGCAUACAUCUAUCGGAGAAAAGUUGGGCGCCAAGCCACGCCCACAUCUUAUGGUGUAGGCAAAAUAUGUUUGCAAUUUAUAAUCACCAACAUGUGAUGUAGUUUUAAUCACGAGUCCUUUGGUCAAAGUCCCUAGCAGGAGUUGGUAAAAGUACGACCACUUUUUUUCGCCAAAAAAAUGGCUUACAUUUAUCGGAGAAAAGUUGGGCCCCAAGCCACGCCCACAUUUUAUGGCAUAGUGCAAAAUUUGUUCACAAUUUAUAAUCGCCUAUUUGUGUCAUAUUUGUCAUUUUAGCCACCACUCGUUUGGUCAAAGUCCCUAGCAGGAGUUGGUAAAAGUACCAACACUUUUUUUCGCCCAAAAAUGGCAUACAUUUAUCGGAGAAAAGUUGGGCGCCAAGCCACACCCACAUUUUAUGGCAUAGUACAAAAUUUGUUCACAAUUUGUAAUCUCCUAUUCGUGUCGUAUUUGUCAUUUUAAUCACCACUCGUUUGGUCAAAGUCCAUAGCAGGAGUUGGUAAAACUACCAACACUUUUUUUCGCCAAAAAGUGGCAUAAAAUCAUCGGAGAAAAGUUUGGCCCCAAGCCACGCCCACAUUUUAUGGUGUAGGCAAAAUAUGUUUACAAUUUAUAAUCACCAAUAUGUGAAGUAUCUGUAGUUUUAAUUACGACUCACUUGGUCAAAAUCCCUAGCAGGUGUUGGUAAAAGUACCAACACUUUUUUUCACCCCAAAGCAAAUGGAAAACGCAAACCAUAAUUUUAAAGGUGGCGCUAGAGAGCAGAUUUUAAAAUGUAAUUUCCGGCAUCUCAAAAAUUUGAAAAUUUUGUCCACACCUGAGACGCCUGCAAAAAACGGGGACUUUGGUGGUGUGUCGCGGGCCCCGAAAAGACCCUCAAAGGUAUGGCAGAAAACACACCAACAUUCCAACAACCAAUCAUUAAAAAGAGAAGAAGAAAGUGAGUCUUUAUUGCGCAAUCACAGCACUCGAGCACUUAAGUGUGCACUCGAGCACUUAAGUGUGCACUCAUGUCCAGAGGGAAGUAUUGCUUUUGAGACACUCCCCCAAGCGACAGACAUCAAGUUUUUUUUAGAAUUGCUGUCAUAUUAGUGGUCCGAGGAGGUCAUGUGACUAAUUACCUGCAGGAAGUAUCAAAGAGAUCAAAGAGGACCACUUUUAGGAGUAAUAAAUCAAAAAAAGGAAGGUGUGUUUAAUUGUGGACCAAAGUCAGGAGAGCGCUGGGUUUCAUGUUGUAUUUAUUUGUACGUGUGCUGACGUCAGCGGUAUGUGUUUGUACGUGUGCUGACGUCAGCGGCAUUUGUUUGCUUCCGACCAAAUGUGCUGACGUGACGGAAAAAUCCCAAUGUUUUUUUUUUUGUUUUGUUUUUUUCUCCUGGCACAGUAAUUGUUUUGGGGCUUCCUUCUCACGAGCCUUUUUUGGGGGAGCGCCACAGACCUGUGAGACGCAGGGUGACCACGCAGCUUGUGCAUUUGAAGACGUGGAGAGCAUUUUACGCUAACUGGAGUCCAAUUCAUUUGUUCUUCGUCUAAACCUCCAAACAUUUUUUAAAUUUUUUUUUUUAAAGGAUGCAAGAGCCAUUUUUACAUGUUUUUAUUUUGUAUAAAAAAGGCAACAACAAAAAAAAUCCCAAUAUACCGUAUUUCCUUGAAUUGCCGCCGGGGCGCUAAUUAAUUUAAAACCUCUUCUCACUCCGGCGCUUACCAAAGGCAUGCAGUAAAUUUAGGGCUGCGCUUAAAAAUUUGAGUGUGAUGUAAGGAUACCAUCAUGAAAAGCACAUUUAAUUAAAAAAAACUUUAUUAUGGUCUUACCUUUACUUAUAAAUGAAGUCCAUGUGCAGCUCCUUCUGAUCAAAAGCAUCGAUAACUUCUUUAUAGAAGUCUUCCUUAUCUUUCUUCAGUUUUAAAAGUCUCGAUGGAGAUCUUCCUUUAUUACCUCCUGCUUCGAUUGAAAGUCCAGUUUAGAAAACUGUUUUAUUUUAGAUAUGUAAUCAUCCAUGUUAAAAGUGCAAGCGAGAGGAAAAAAUAAACGAUCGCUGUUGUUGUCACUUCUUCUGCAGCCGAGUAGUCGCAAGAAGGAUCACUAGCGCCCUCUACCACCAGGAUUUGGGAGUCAUUUAAUGACUUAUAUUUGACACACGCAGCUACGGUAUGUUAAUAAAAAAAAUAGCUGCUUACUGUUCUUUUUAGCAUAUUCAAUAGCUUGGACCUUAAAUCCUACUGAAUAGCUCUUAAUCUUCUUCCCUUUAUGCGAUUUCAAAUGAUUGAAAUCAGCCUCCUCCAUUUUGAAAAUGAUGACAGGUGAAGUGUCACUCGUGACGUGACGAGUUUGACCCUGUGGAAAUUCUAGACAUGCGCUAAUAAAAAUAAUAUUUUGCGAAACGAUUUUGACCUUCCGCCCGAUUGUAGCUGAGAUAGGCGCCAGCGCCCCCCGCGACCCCGAAAGGGAAUAAGCGGUAGAAAAUGGAUGGAUGGAUGGAGUUUGAUCCGGCAGUAAUUCAAGGCAGGCGCGUACUAUACACCCGGCGGCAAUUCAAGGAAAUACAGAAGAUGGGAAAUGUCAGCUUUGUGUGAUUAGCAUUCAUUGCAACAGUAUUUACUUAUAUUUCCACUUCGCCCUAUUGUUGUAUUAUUACAAUAUUCUGCAGGCCAACUAUUAACGAGCCAGGGGCCUCACUUUGUGUCCUCAUUGUAUGGAUUCCGGGGGCGGGUGAUUUUAGCAAUGCAGUCUGCUGAAAAUGGUGGAAAGCGCUACUCUAGAUAGCAACUAAACACUGAUUGAAGUUGGAAUUGCCACAAAACACAUUUUAGGCUAUUCCACGCUAAGGUGGAUGGUGCCACUUGGAAUUUGUCACGUUUUACGUGUCAGGUAAAGGUUUUCUUUAAACAAGGUUUAAACAUUUCUGGUGAAUGUAAUUUUUUUCCAAGUCCGUCAAAGGCAAUUAUGUAAAUAAUAUGGACUGACUGAAGUUGUUCAUCCAAAAAUGCAUUUGAUUCAUUGUGACUAUUCAAAUCAUGGCCAUUGGUUCAUUUUUUUUUUCUUCUCUUGUUGCAACCAACUUUUUGGUCUUCUUGCCAGCGUGGCCCCAAAGCACCUUUUAGUCAUGUUUACAUCUUGCCAACAGUUUGAUUCAGGUCCAUCCAAGGUGUCCAUGCGACACUUCUCACUUCUUCCAACACACUCAGGCCUCUCAACUAUUGCUGAGCGUCCAUUAUUUGGACUUCUUGCCGCCCUCCUCUAGAAUGUGAUGUUUGCCAAUCAUGAAGAGACAGCGUGAACAUGACAUUUUCUGUGUGGUAAUUUACUCAUAAAGUGCCUUAUAAAAGUGCCUUAAUAUGUUUUUUGUUGUUGUUGUUGAAAAAGUGUCUUAAGAAAUAGUCGAACGCCGUCCUGCUCUGUUUGAUUGUUUCCGUUUCAGCGAGUCCAAAAGUCCUUUUAUUGUCUUCAUGUCAGCAAUUUUGUGGAAAAUGUCAAAUAUCAUUAAAGUGAACAUUUGUAUGUGA